GUCAUUUCCCCCGCGGACGUACUCCUACCGUCACUUGCGAUGCCAUAGGCGAUAACCCACUCGCUGUGGGCUCAGCAGCUCUUCAUCCCCUGAGCCUCCCGAAUGACCCCUGAACUCUUCAGGUAGUGCCAGUCACAUCCAUUUAAUGCCCCGUUAUGGUUUCUUGAGUCAUGCUCACGUAAACCACCACAUGCAUAGGUUCUCCAGCGCCCAGGCUCCGGACCGAAUCGAUGGGCUGCUGCGCACAGUGUUUCCAGUCUCGAUCGUCAAUGGGCAGAAGCAUUCCACGAUGGCUUGCCCGGCCUCGGACCCCGCCUUGAUGGCUCUUGCGCAACUUGGAACUUACCGCAUGGGCUGCAAGUACGCGUUCGUUUCGCUGAUUGAGAACGGCGAAACACACAUUAUUGCAGAGGCCACGCCGUCGAGCCCAGCCUGUGGCAACAGGACCUUGGUCACCGACAAUUCUGUGGGCAUGGGCACAAUAGGAUUGGCGCGGAAUGGAAUGGGAGGGAUCUGCUCUUCGAAUAUUACUAGAAAUAGUACCAGAACUGUCAUCCGCGACGUGAAUCUAGAGCUCGACCUGAAGCACCACCCCCUCGUGGAACGAUUUCGGCUCAGAUUUUACGCGGAGGUGCCCCUGAAUACGUCCUCUGGAGAGACGAUCGGGACGUAUUGCGUGGUGAAUGACGAGCCUUGCCAUUUCUUUGGAGAUGGCGAACUGGCGGAGCUCCAAAAUGUUGCCAACGCGGUCGCCAGUCACCUUCAGAACGUCGGGGCGCUACGUCAAUACCGUCAGAAUGAUCGCUUGUUAGGCGGACUCAUGAAGUUCGUCAAAGGACAGUCGUGCAAUGAGAACGAUGGACGGAAAAGCCGACGAAAGAGCACUGCGGCCAGUAUUAUCUCCCCUCGUUCGUCCGAGGUGCCAGAGAUUGACCGCCUAUCCAUGUCGGCGGCCAGUGUUCGCGAAAUUUCACCGUCCUCAACCAGAUACCCUCCACCACUCCCUGCGAACGAGUCGCCUUUCUUCGCCAAUCAAGCAUUUGGGACCGUUCAUUCGGCUCCGAAUGGGACGCACCAACGACACGUGAGAAAGAGUUCCGACGAGACAAGUAAUCUCGUCAUGGUACCAGAAGGCACUGCCAUUUCCGAGAAAACGUCGCUACUCUUCUCUCGUGCAAGUGGUCUGCUGCAGGAAUGUAUGGAUCUGGAUGGGGUCAUCUUUGUCGAUGCCUCACGCAGUAACACUCGCAGUAGCUCGACUGCUAGCGUGAAUGAUUGGGACGCGUUCGACAGAGAUAGCGACUCUGCAUUUUCUCUCCGCUCACCUAGCGUAUCGUCAUAUGGGGGCUGGUCUGAGAAGGUCUGUGAACCUCUAGGUAUCGCCUCAUCAGAGCGUGCCCUGGGGAGCAGCAGUAUGUUUCGAGUCCCUUUGACAGAAGGGCUGCUACAUGAUAUGUUCACCGCUUUCCCGCAAGGCGAGGUCCUCCACCCUCAGCAACCCUUUGGAUCACCGCCUUCGAGUUUCUUGCAUCAGCGCAGACACAGUCUUCAUAGCAACCAAGGCGAAUUCUCCUUGCGGCAGUCUAUCAUUGCUCGACUGGCUCAUAACUUCCCGGAAGCCAAGUCUAUCGUGUUCCUUCCAUUGUGGAACUGGAACAAAUCUCGCUGGCUGGCAGGGACACUCGUCUGGACCUGUGAUGACCAGCGGCGACUGGGGCAGGAUGACCUUCACUUCCUCAAGACCUUUGGUGAUACUAUCGUCUCCGGAUACUGCCAGAUAGACUGGACUGCUACGGAGAAGUCAAAAUCUGACUUACUUGCAUCGGUCAGUCAUGAGCUUCGCUCGCCUUUGCACGGCAUGCUCGCCAGCACAGAACUUUUGCAAACCACGUCCCUCGACUCCACUCAACAAGACAUGAUCACGAUGGUGGAGACAUGCGGGCUCACAUUGCUAGAUACAAUGAAUCACCUGCUUGAAUUUACCAAGAUCAACAACCUGACCCACUUGCACAAGAAACCUGGGUCGAGCGGAGACGGCAUGGAUAAUCUGGUGACCGAGUUUGACUUGGAUGAGGUAGUAGAAGACGUGACCGACGCCUUGUACGCCGGGCACCGAUCCCUUAUCAAUGCCGCGAAGAUUGCUGGUCGUUACUUGCCAGGUGGGUCGGGAGUGGGCAAUAGACCUGCCGGUGCUCCAGCGCCGCCCAAUCCGGAUGAUCUCUCGGUAAUUGUUCGGAUCGAAGACUUGGGUUCGUGGCAUCUACAAUCGCUCUCUGGCGCGUGGAGGCGGAUUGUCAUGAAUAUUUUGGGCAAUGCAUUCAAGUUCACUAGAUGUGGGUUCAUAGAGGUUUCACUGGCGAAAAAGGUUGAAAGGUCUGGCUUUACGAAGAAGACGAUGGCACACCUGACCAUCACAGAUACCGGCUGUGGGAUUUCUCCCGAAUUUUUGGAGCAUCAGCUUUUCAAGCCGUUCGCACAGGAGAGCAUCUUGACAGAGGGUGUCGGACUGGGUUUGAGUGUGGUCAAACAGUUGGUGAACUACCUCAGUGGCGAGAUGGAAGUGAAAAGCGACGUUGGUGUCGGGACGCAAGUCCAUGUGUACAUUCCGGUGGAAUUCGUGGAAGAGAACUCGAUCAUGGAUUGUGGGGUUCCGGGAGCGCGCAUCAUGACCCGAGUGUCCCUGGUGGGACUCAAUGCAUAUGCCGACCUGAAGGAAGCGCCCAGUGGUCUCCUGAGCACGGAAGCAAAGCGCAAGCUUGCGCUGCGGGGGGCGUUGAGCAACGUCUUAUUAAGUCAGCCUGGGUGGAUGGUGUCGUUUGCCGACCAACUGGACACGGCUCCGGGAGACAUUGCGGUCAUCGAGGAAUCUACACUCAAAACGCUAUCGGCACGGGGACCCAUUGACGUGAAGUUCAAGGCCAUUGUGGUGAUUGGUGAACAAGCCGUCACGCUCCCAGGGGAAUUUGCCAUCCGGGGGGCUGAUGUGUUUUACGUUCCUCAGCCAAUCGCACCUCGCAAGGUCCUACAAGCGUUGCAGCGAAUUACCGAGUCGCACCAGGGGCUGGGCCCAUGUGAUGACGAUCCCAUCUUGGGUCCGCUGCCUGGCGUGCCCCUCCGAGGGCGGAGCUUGUCCGAUGCCUUUGCCCUUGCCAAGGGCUCGGAGUCGCCUCCUGUCGUUCGGGAGAAUGUGUCCGAGUUUGCUCCGUCCGUGCCGCGAGAAUCUACAAGCGACAACCUCCAUGUGCUCAUUGUGGAUGACAAUGAUAUCAAUCUCAAGAUCCUUGCUACCUUCCUACGGAAAAUCGGGUGUACGUACGAGACCGCCUCCAACGGCCUAGCGGCAUUUGAGAAAUACAAGAACUCCGCUAGGCCCUUUGACUAUAUCCUCAUGGACAUAUCAAUGCCAAUCAUGGACGGGAUUGCUUCCUCGGGCAAGAUCCGCGAGUACGAAGAACAGCAUUCCCUCCCCCGGGCCGCCAUCAUGGCGGUGACCGGGGUGGCCUCGAGCGAGAUGCAACAGCAGGCCUUUGCAGCAGGCAUUGACGACUACCUGGUGAAGCCCCUUUCACUUCAUGACUUGAAACGAAUAAUGAAUAUUGCAUGACUGGGCAUAUAGAGUUGCUUGGGUCGGUGUGAUAUGGCGUUGAUACUGUUGAUAAUAUAUGUAACUAGCUUUACGUUGCUUGGUUUUAUCUAUGAUUCAAUUCGUCUACACUCAUUCAGAAGCUACGCAUAUCAUUGAUCACCGAUAAUAAGACACAUUCUUAC